ACAUCCCUCACGUCAAAGUUACGGGUACCUCCACCACCACGCUUUUACUCUCGAAACCCACCCAAAAGCCAAACAUUGGCCGCACUCUUCAAAAACAUCACUGUUCCCUCUACUCAUCAACAACAUUCAAUCAUCCACCUUACAACCUUACAUACCUUCUCACGAACCCAAUUACCUCUUCUUCUUUUCUCUUCCUAUCCCUCAUUACUCCACCACCUUAUUCUCCAAUCACGCCGCCUACGAACGUUUUCUACUAGCAUCGCGUCUUGUCUUUAAGGUUCAUUGCCUAUUUUUGCAUUUGCACUAUUCAGCGCUUGAUCUCUAAAGCUUGUUAGCUUGUUGACAUACACCCUCACCCUGACCUUUUCAACAAUCAAUUUAUAUACCUCCAAUCUAAUUGUGGUUUCUAAAUCAAGCGAAUUCAUCCACCUACAAGAUGCCUCCGGGACGCACUGUCAGACAGCGAGUCGUUACCAAUGAGAAUGACGAAAAUGCAACUGGAAAUGCUACGCGUAUGACGCGUGCAAAGGCUGCAGCCCUUGAUCUCGACGUCACAUCACAGCCGGCCAAGCAGGCCCUUCAGUCCAAGAAGUCCGCGGUCAACGCGAAUCCUACUGCUCAAAGAAAGCGCGCCGCCCUCGGUGAUGUCAGCAACGUUGGAAAAGGGGAGGCCGCAGAAGGCAAGAAAGCUGCUAGCAAAGUCGGUCUAGUCUCCAAGGCCGCACAACCUACAGGAAUCCAGAAGACCACUGCCCGUGCCACUUCGACUCGGUCUGCUUUGGCCGCCAAGGAGGCGAAAAAGCCCGAGGUGAAGCGAGCAGGAUCCGGUUCCGGUGCACUCGGUACAACCCACAAGAGAAAAGUCACGUCGACAACAAUCAAGCAAGAUGUCCUCUUAGAAGAGCCGGUUCGCAAGAAGGCUAACACUGUGAGCAACGAACCCGCGAAGCUCGAACUCCCUGAAUCCAAGCCAUCCAAGUCGGAUAUCGCAGCCGAGAAGGCCGCUCAGAAAGAAGAUGCUUCCUCCAAGGAGGAAGUUGGCUUUGUGCUCCCUGAAGGUGUCAAGGAUCUAGAAGAAGAAGGUCUAGAUGACCCCGUGAUGGUGGCUGAAUACGCCCAUGAGAUCUUCGAAUACCUCAAAGACCUCGAAAGCAAAUCGGUACCUAAUCCUGAUUACAUAAGACACCAGGACGAGCUGGAGUGGAAGACGCGAAGUAUCCUUGUCGACUGGAUGAUCGAAGUUCAUACCCGAUUUCAUCUCCUUCCUGAGACUCUCUUCCUUGCUAUUAACAUUAUCGAUCGAUUUUUGUCUCAGAAGGUUGUCCAAUUGGACCGCGUCCAACUUGUCGGUAUUACAGCCAUGUUUAUUGCAGCCAAGUACGAGGAGGUGUUAUCGCCUCAUGUCAGCAACUAUAGAAUGGUAUCCGAUGACGGUUUCAGUGAUGCCGAGAUCCUUAGUGCAGAGCGGUUUAUCUUAGAGACAUUGAACUACGACUUAAGUUAUCCGAAUCCCAUGAACUUUCUCCGACGGAUCUCAAAGGCAGAUGACUACGAUAUUCAAUGUCGAACUAUUGGAAAGUUCUUAAUGGAGAUCAGCGUUGUCGACUACCGAUUCCUGGCAUACCGACCUAGCCAUGUUGCUGCUGGUGCCAUGUAUCUUGCUCGAAUGAUACUCGACCGUGGUGAAUGGGACCCUACCAUCGCCUACUAUGCCGGAUACACGGAAGAAGAGAUAGAACCCGUGUUUGAGCUUAUGGUCGAUUAUCUAGCUCGUCCUAUCUGCCACGAGGCCUUCUACAAGAAGUAUGCUAGCAAGAAGUUUAUGAAAGCUUCGUUGAUUACGCGCCAAUGGGCUAGGAAGAACGCACCUAUUUUUGGUAUCACGGACACAAAAAUAUCUGUUGACGACCUCUCGUCGCUGGAGCCGGAUUAUUAAUACAUACCAUUCAAUUGCACUAUGAUAUUCCUACGUUAAGAGCCUUACUGAGUGUCAGGAUACUCAGGGUCUCGUUGGAUGAUGGCCUUACGAUACCAGCUUGCAUGACGUUUGGCCGAUGACUCUCAUA